GACAGACGUCCACAUGACAAUUAUUACAAUGUAUUGACAACUGCUAUAAUGAGCAUAAUAAAUAGAAUACAUUUAAAGAGAUAUUUACCAAAUAUAUUUGUAUGGAACGUCAAACAUUUGUCACAAUGUAUGCCGAAGGCUUACGGUUCGGUAGAGGUGUAUCGCACGCAUAUGCUAAACGGUGUGAGGGUGGCCGCGGCGCAGUCGCUCGGAGCCCAGCUUAGUGCAUGUACUAUUAUGUUCCAGGUGGGGUCCCGCCUCGAACGCGACAACCAGGUGGGCGCGAGUCAUUUCGUGCGCGCGAUGUCUGGUUGUUCGGGGCACGCGUAUUCUCUGGUGGGUAAGGCACGCGUGCUGCAGCAGCGCGGCUGCUACCUCACCUGCUCCAGCGACCGCCAAACCAUAGCCUUUACUCUGCGCUGCCCGUUGCCACACUUCCACGACCUCAAGUACUUCCUCAUAGAUACCGCCACCAGAUGCUGUUUCCACGAAUGGGAGGUAACCGACAUAAAACCUUUCAUAAAAGACAACUUGCUGCGUAUGGGCUGUGAGCAACGCGCUGUGGACCUGGUGCAGAAGGCAUUCUGGGCUGGCCCUCUGCAUCAGUCCAUAUUCUGCGACGAGGUCAGGGUCGAUAGUAUGAGCUCCGCUAACCUCAAGGACUUUGUGACUAACUUCACGCCGAGCAACUGCACCGUCACCAGCUGCGGCAUACCAUUCGAGGAUACCCUCAAGUUGGCUGAGAGUCUUCAUCUACAGUGUGUGCAUGACGUAUGCUGUGAGCAAGAGCACAUGUUCUCAUUCCCCCGCGGCGGUUACGAGUGCCACGACCUCGGCUCCGGCAGUGACACUUGCGUAGCAGCCGCGCUGCUCGGCUGCGGCACACAGGACUUGUGUUGCCUCAUGAAGCACUCGAUUCUUGCGGUCACUUGGGACAUGCUUUUCUCUCAGUUGCGUGAGCGCGCGCUGGAUCGCAUCGUGCGCGACAAGACGCCGCUCGGCUGCCAGACCGACGAGCUCUAUACCACGUAUAAGCCCUUCAGCAUCUCUUAUAUGGAGACUGGUAUAUUUGGAGUACUGGCAAAAAGUCAUUCUUCUAAUAUCAAUAAAGUGGCAAACACGGCAGCGCAACUAUUGGCCAACGUGGACAAACUUAGUGUCGAACAUAUCGCCUGCGGCAAGAAACGACUUAAAUUAAAUCUCGCUUUAAAUGAAGAAAACUGUGUCAAUGUCUCUGAAAGUCUCGGGCUCCAAAUGGCUAGUAAAAUACAUAUUGACGGUCCGUUGAAUGCUUAUUGCGUUAUAGAUUCCAUUCCCAAUGAAGAGGUGUUACAGCUGGCUAAAGAUAUUGUAAGCAGAAAAAGUGACAUGGCUUUUGCAAUUGUUGGUGAUGUCGAUGCGGUCUCUCAGAAUGAAUUAUAUGACAACGUACGCUGAAUGCUUUUGAAAAUGAAAUAAAUGUAGAUGUUGGAUUUUA